AGAAGAGAGGGAGAGGAGGAGAGCAGCAUCCUUCAUCAGACAGAGAGGAGAGAGAGAACACACGCCAGGCCGGACACUAAAUAAAGGAGAAGAAGAAGAAGAAGAAGAAGAAGAAGAAGAAGACUGAUGGUGUCAUCUGAGAGAGGGACGGACGGAGGGACGAGAGACACUGAGACAGACGGACAGACAGACAGAGAGAGAGAGACAGGCAGCAGGAGGCUGUAACUGUCUGUCAUCUGGGCCUGAGUGUGAGGGCCACCAGCUGAUUGGACCCCACAUGUUGGAGGGCGGAGCCAUGAUGGGCAAAGACUACAUGUUGGCGAUCCUCAUCGUCAACUACGACGACAACAUCUGGACGGACCAGAACCUGCUGCUGGAUCCAGAUCUUCCCUCCGGCUGGAGAACCAUCAAAGACUCAACAGGAACCUACUACUGGCACGUUCCCACCGGCGCCACCCAGUGGCAGCACCCCCGCCUCAGUGGCACGCCACAGCUGCUUGACACGCAGCAGGAGGAGGCUGGACAGCCAAGCAACGGAGAGACAGACGGACCACCUGAGGGCAGGUCUUCGUGGCAUGAAGAUUACCUCACUAACCACGACCCCAACGCCAAGUGUUUCGCAGUGCGGUCUCUGGGCUGGCUGGAGGUGGAGGAGGAGGACCUGUCUCCCGGUCGCAGCAGUCUCGCUGUCAGUAACGUCAUCCAGCAGCUGUCUCACUGCAGCAGCCCGGAGCAGAGAGACAGGCAGGGGGCCUGGGGGGAGGGUCGGGAGAUGAUGCUGGUUCUGAAGAAAGACACUCUGACGCUGUUGGACCCGUUAGACCACACCCCCCUGCACUGUCAACCAAUCAUCAACAUCCGGGUCUGGGGGGUCGGCUGCAACAACGGCAGGGACAGGGACUUUGCGUUCGUGGCGGGCGAUAAGGACAGCUGUGUGCUGAAGUGUCACGUGUUUCGCUGUGACGCUCCGGCCAAAACCAUCGCCACGGCGCUGCACGAGAUGUGCUCCAAGAUGAUGUCAGAGAAGACGCUGAUGAGGCCGUCUCGCUCUCUAACGAUAGACAGCAUCUCACCUGAAGACCUGCCCAGACAAGUGGAGUUUCUGGAGGCGGUGCGGCAGCAGGUCCAGAAGUUUGAGGUGCAGUACAUCGGUAACCUGCCGGUGUCCAGAGCGAUGGGUAUGGAGGUGUUGAACAGAGCGAUAGAGAGCAUCAUGAACGCCACAGACAGAGACGAGUGGGAGCCGACGGUGAUCCACGUCACCGAUAACAUCCUGUCUCUGUGGAGGGGAGAGGAAGGGGAGGAGCCUCUCUGGGAGUGUCAGGUGCGUUUCCUCACCUUUCUGGGCGUCGGCCACGACUGCCACACCUUCGCCGUGAUCGUAGACGGCGGCACGCAGCGCUUCGAGUGUCACGUGUUCUGGUGUGAACCGAACGCAGGGAUCCUGUCUGAGGCCGUCCAGGCGGCGUGCAUGGUGAGUAACACACCUGAACAGGUAGUUUAUACCUGAACC